AGAGGCUCUACGUUCGCAGUUCAUGUACAUUGAUGCUCGGUCCGCCACCGUCCGCAGCUGGGCCAUCCCAGCGCUCUCAACGUUCCCCUCAAAGCACCGCGCGGAAACAGGAGGAUCCUGAGCGUCCAGAGAGUGCUCCGCAACUAGGGCAGCCAUCGAUUCACUUUCCGGAGCCACCGCAGAAACCCACAUACGCGAGCGCCGCGCAGUUGCAGCCCGCAUACGUGCACAAUCAUAAUGCUACAGCAAACUCCUCUUACCAAUAUUACAAUUAUCCUCUGCAGCCUACUGUCGGCUGGGGCAAUGCGUGGCCAAUGAAUGCAUAUGCUUUCCCAGCAGGGUACCACUACUCUUUCCCUCAGGCACAAUAUUCCCCGCAGGAUGGCCAUAACAAGUCCGCUGUGACUACGGGCACAGCAGACGCUGAAUUACUACGGGACAAACGCUCGCCUUCCCCUUCACUCGCACCUCAGACGUUUCAUCGACAUUGGGAUUCAAUAUUCAAGUCAUUUUUUGCUUCUGUGGGCCUUUCGCAAGCUUUACGUGGGUUUGAAGCCGACAUGGUGAUCAUGAAUCCAGAAUGGGAGCGGGAAAAUAUUCCGAAAGCUCUCGAUGAACUCAGAUGCAACUUAACGAAGCUAGCCGCGAACGAUGCCAGUAAGGUGGAUAAUACCUCAAACUCGGUUGAGCCGCAAGAGCAGGCGUUGGACACCCGCAAGCUUGGUUAUGCGCACUUCGCGCAGGGCGUAGAACAUCGUUCGCAGGAGUCAAUAACGAAAUCAAUCUCUCGUUUUCUUGCUCAAAGUCGUGGCCGUAAUGAUGUCUCCAACCGCAGCGAGUUCUUGAAUUCGAUUGCGGAAAAAAGACGCCGAUUAAAUGAAGGAGGCGAUUUCAGCGUUGGAAUAUCUUCCUGUGCCCGCACAGAUGCGAAGACACAGGACCGGGAAAUCCAAAUGAAAUAUGACAUCGCAAAGAACGAGGAUGGUCCUCUCCGUAGAACUGUCCAGAACGCCUCUGCCGGAAAACAAGCUGACUCAGGACAACCACAUAGGAAUUCGGUUGCGGACUCUGACAAUCGCUCGUUUUUCCCUGAUCGGUUUCAUGGGUUGGACGAACGCUUGCGCAAUAUCGAGUCUCAUUUAGCGGUUCGCUACGUGCCAUCCUCUCCUAGGUCAAUGCUAGACCGAUUGAAAUAUUUGGAAGAUCACAUCGUACAGCUGGAGCGCGAUUAUCCACCAUGGGCUGCUUUGCACUUCAAUCAGCCUCGUCGUGGCUGGCCACCUCCACCUCGUCCCACACCCAUCGUUGUUCCUUCACACCUUGCAUCGGUCUCCGUUCAAGAUGGCCAGGCACGGUCAUCCUUAUGGAACAUAGAUUCGCAAGAAGCUCAUCCUCAGGCGUCCACAUCGCAGUCCAUGCCUUCGUCAGCCAAUGAAAAUGCCGACACGAACCCCGCAAAAGGAAAGGGGAGAUCAACGCGCAACGCAUCGAGCUUGCAUAAGGCAGUCAUGGAGAAAUUAGAGGUGCAGAAAGCCAUGCAUGAUUUUAUCACGGGAUCCGGUACUGCAGAGUAAAGGCUGUGAUCAGGGCUGAGACAGUAUGCAGCCUACAGUCGUCGGAGUUCUACGUAGCUCUUCUGUUACAAAUCCUCGGUGAUAAGUUGAAUCAUGUAGAGCGCUUUCUUACAAAUCACUAAGUGGGAUCCUAGGGCAUAUUUCGUGCAUGGCAAUGUCAUUAUCACUCUCGAGUUAUCCCG